AUGAUUGUCAGUCGUCGAGGUCUCUCUGUUCGAACAGUAGAGAAUGAUUACCUGAAAAAGGAAACAUUGGGGAUGGAGACGUCUUCGUCGAUGUGCCAACACUGUGGAGCUGCGAGGUCAGCUCUGAAGUCUCCCCAGCAGUCGCAUGCUGCAACACAAGCGCCUGAUGGCACAGCGAAGGAAUUGGAAAUGUUGUGUUGUGAAGAACCAUCAGUGGAGUAUUGGAAGGCGUUGGCUGAAAGUCGACGAUUGGCUUUAGUGGAGAGUUUGUCGGAAAAUGAGGAGUUGUGUGUCCUUGUGGAAAAACUGAAUGCCGAAAUUGAGCGUCUGUCGAAAGUUGACGAGAGGGCAAAAACGUUUGUGGCCGACUACUUGGAAGUGAUGAAAGAGGAGUCAUUGCAGUUGCAGGACUAG